CGAACCUUCUUUUCCCGACAUCACGACAACGACAAACCCACAACCAGAAUUGCCGUUGCACCGUAAUCAAGGUACGUUUUAGCAAUCCCUUCAUCUCCAUCAAGGCUUGGUACCAACCGAUCUGGAACUGUUCCGCGAACUCCCCAUUCCGAAGUGUAGGCUAACGAUUCGCUCAAGAUGGGCGCCCUCAAAUACCUCGAGGAGAUCCAAAAGAAGAAGCAGUCCGAUAUCCUGCGAUUUCUGCUUCGCGUCCGAUGCUGGGAGUACCGACAACUCAAUGUCAUCCAUCGUGCUUCCCGACCGUCGCGCCCCGAUAAGGCUCGCCGCCUGGGCUACAAGGCCAAGCAGGGCUAUGUCAUCUACCGCGUUCGCGUGAGGAGGGGUGGCCGCAAGCGACCGGUGCCUAAGGGUGCUACCUACGGCAAGCCCACCAACCAGGGUGUGAACCAGCUCAAAUACCAGCGAUCGCUCGCCUCCACCGCCGAGGAGCGUGUCGGACGUCGCUGCGCCAAUUUGCGUGUCCUCAACUCGUACUGGAUCAACCAGGACUCGACCUACAAGUACUACGAAGUCAUCCUCGUCGACCCCCAGCACAAGGCCAUCCGAUCGGAUCCCCGCAUCAACUGGAUCGUCAACCCGGUCCACAAGCACCGCGAAGCUCGUGGCCUUACUUCCACCGGAAAGAAGUCCCGUGGUCUCAACAAGGGCCAUCGUUACAACAAGACCAAGGCCGGCCGCAGGAAGACGUGGAAGAGACACAACACCCUGUCUCUCUGGAGAUACCGUUAAACGGUGGGCGAGGGUUUUCCUCCGAUGGUGUUACUUCCAAUGCUCUACACAGCGUGUUGAAACUAUUCUGCAUAGUUCCGGAUGGAGUCAAAUGGACCGGUAAAAAUAGCUGCUCAGAAAACUCGGUCAAGUUGAUCGAGAUCAAUGGAGUCAUGAUUCUUCAUGGAAUUGAUCGUGUGUCUUGGAGUGACGUCUAUAUACAAUACUAAUCGGUGCCAUCCAAUGGUUACAUUAUGCGU